AUUUUUCCUCAUUUUAUUUCCACUUAAAUCCACUGAACGAAAUGUUGGGGAGCACGGAGGAACACACACAUUAGGAAUGACGAAAAAGACACAAAAGACGAGGUAGGCGUGGAAAUCGGCCUUCUCAGACUCACAUGCACACAUCCUCACCACAGAAACAUCAAGCAGACGGAAUGGACCGAAGAGUCGGGGCAUAAAUAACAGAGCGGGGAGGCGGCAGCGGGGUGGAGGGGUUUAGAGGAGAGAGUGAGAAAAGGAGCCCAAAAAGUGAGCAGUCAGAGGAACAUGGAAAAUCCCUGGUUCUCAUGCCAAAAAUGUGCUGCAAAAAACGCACACAGAGUGGAUCUGAGAGCCUGCAGGCUGUUCAGAGCAAAGAAAGAUAAAAUCAUCAGAGCAGCUCGGCUUUGGAAAGCAAGAUGUGUGACUUUUUUGUUGCUCUUUUUUUUUCACCUCUUCCAGCAAAAAGGUAGAGAGAAACUACAAAAGAGGUCAACAGGUCAUAGAAGGCAGAAAGAAAACAUAGUCAGCUCAUCAAACUGCGUUUACCUCGCUUAAUAUGCCUCCUUAACAACAGUUUAACUUCCUCUAAACUUUUAGAUUUCUCUGCCAGGUAUUUUUCCCCAAAACAAAUUAAAAUUUUUAGGGUCAUGAAUAAUUCAGCUCACAUGACUGCUGGCCAGUUGCAGCGCAGCUUUGAUAAUGACCAGUCGCUGGAAGCCACGUUGGCUCCUACGGCGCAUGUCUCUUCAUGCCUGAGGCUUGCAAUUGGUGCCGUUGCUAUCUAUAGUCCGGCUCUAUUUUCAGACCAUGCAGACGGGGCGCUGUGAAACUAGCAAACCUUUGUUCACUGAGCACAUAUGAGGAUAAAAAUGGGCUAAACUGGACUAAAGUUGCACACUAAAUGGUCACGUUGGAUCCUCUUUAAGGAAGAGCAGAAAUCCAGGUGCGUCAUGGAGGACCCUGCAGAUAUAGGAGUCAGCCGGGGUGAAAACACGACCUUAGAUCUGGAGGACGGAGAGGCCCGAGCUGGUUGGGUAAGAGUGGGAAUACAAGAGAGCUGGUUCACUGUGGAACGAGACUUUCUUCAUAAGCACAGCGACUAUUUUCACGCUCUUUUUCACUCCGGUAUGAGAGAAUGUCGACAAGACGAGCUGCACCUGAAAGGCGGAGUGCAUGCAAGGGGUUUCCUCAUUGCCCUUGCAGUCUGCAGGGGAGAAAAUCCCACCAUCAGCGACGCGGACGAGCUGGUAGAAGCCGUGGAGUGCGCCGCUUUUCUCCAGGUCUCAUGUUUGGUCGAGCAUCUCUGCGACAUCAUAGACUCGGACAACUGUCUCCUGCUCUACCAGGCAGCUGCCGUCUUUGGGGUGCAAAGACUGUUUCACAGCGCUGCUCUUUUUCUCCGUGAUGCUUUCGAGGACCUCAAGGAAGUAGCGGAACGUACCAUCCCUGCGGAGCUGCUGCAGUAUUGUGAAAAGUUGUCGCCUGCUUCUUACGUCGCCAUAGGCACCCAUACUCCCUCCAUGGAGCUGCUGCAGGACUCCUUUAGGGUCGUUUGCUUUCUUGAUGAAAAAGAAGGAGAGUGGAAGCAUCUGACAGACCUCCCAACUCUUUGCAGCACUUCCAGGGCCGGAGUCGCCGUGCUGGAUAACCGCUUGUACAUCGUCGGGGGAGUUUACGGCUACGGUAAGGAAACGGUGGACAAAACCUUUUGCUACAACCCCAGAUCAGGGAUGUGGACGACUCUGCCAGGUCCCCAACAACCGAGACAUGAUUUCACGCUCCUGGGACAUGAGGGCUGCCUCUACGCCUUUGGAGGCGGCGCCCAAAACCAAAUGAUUUCCACGUCGGAGGCGUACAACACUUCAAAAGGAGAGUGGACCUUCAUGCGCCAUGCGCCAAGGCCUGUUGCAUCAGCAGCGUGUGCCAUUGCACGUCGCCGGAUGUUCAUUUGUUUCUGGAAACCGCCAGAUACCACCGACAUCUACGAGUACAUACCACGGCGGGACGAAUGGAAGCUCGCAACCACUAUGAUCCGACCUCAAAGCUAUGGCCACUGUAUGGUGGCCCAUAGGGACAAUUUGUACGUGAUGCGGAAUGGGCCCUGCGACGACUUCCUGCGUUGCCUAAUGGACUGCUAUAACAUCACAACAGGGCAGUGGACUGCCUUGCCCGGUCAUUACAUAAACAGCAAGGGGGCGCUGUUCACCGCCGUCAUAAAGGGGGACUCUGCGUUCACAGUGAAACACAUGUUAACGCUUGAAUACACCAUCACAGCAGGUGGAUGGAAACCCCGUAGGCAGAUGAAAGGAUUUCCCAAAAGCGGCUCUCUGUGGACCUGUUUACUCAGACUCCCCGAAACUGGACCGGUCACCCCGAUCCCAGAGGUGGAGGACGGUGGAGGAAGAAAACCUCUGACGGACACAAAAUUUGUUGAAGCUCUGCAGUCAUUUUAAAUCCAGGAAAGACAAAGAAAAAAAAAAAAAGGUCUUGGUUGCAUUGCAUGCACUUUCACUUGAACCGUUUUCCUAGCACACACUUUCACACAUGUGCUGACGCGACGUUUUAGCUCUGAUUAGCAACAGCUGCUCCCGCUUACACUCAUGGAGGCUGCUGUGCAUGUUUGAGUCUGCUGUGUAAAGUUCAAAGGCACAGAUGGGAUGCUCUAAAGCUCUUUUUCCUGGAUUUUUUCCUGAAGUCAAAUUGGGCCAGCACAGUCUCACAGCCAGCAUGAACUUCACUGCAGCUCCUUCGCAGACUCCUGAAAAAUCUGGGAUUUAAAGGGCCUCUAUCAUGCAAAAUCAACUUUAGGCUGUCAAGUAUAAUAUAAUGUUAAUUCUUAACCAAAAGCAACCACAAAGUGGUUAUUUGCUCUAGUCCUGCAUCUCAUUUCUCUAAAAACCUGCUCUCCUAGCACCAUUUGAGUACAAACGAGUGGCUUCUCACAUUGUGAUGUCACAAAGUGAAGAACAGCCCCUUCCAGGAAGAGUCUGCGCUGCCAGCUCCGCCCCCGACUAACACACACACCUUCUCUUAGCUAGCGGUGAUCUAAAUGCUUCCAUUCUAUAUGCACAAUAUGCACAUCCAUCUUUGCAAAAGUUUGGAAAUCGUUUGUUUUUGUGGGCGAAACACAGACACGCUGCGGAGGCCGACUCGAUGUCGACAUCAUAAAAGCUUCAAGGGCGGCACCCAAAAGGAAUGAAAGGUGGAGCUUCAGAGAUUGAGUCGUCUUACUUCCAGGUGGGAACAUUUCAUUUAGAAAUCGUUCUUUAUAGGUAAUUUAUUAUCAUAUAUAUAUGGAUAUGGUUUACUCUGAAAGUCUUAAGAAAAGCAUGAUAUAGGCCCUUUAAGUUCUCUGAAGCUACAGACAUACCAGGCAUUAACGUGCAAAACUUAGCUUCUACUUUUUCUUACCGUUUACCAGCACAGCUUAAUUUUCACUUAGUUUCCAAUAUAUGAAGACAUGGCCGCACACAAACUGCGAUUACCAAUUUCUCGACCAUGUUCAAUUUUCAAAACAUUCGGCACUUCUGUGAAUUAGAAAGGGACGCCAAAUCUGAGACCCAGAUGGUUAGUUUCAUCUUGUUCAGCUUUAACCGCACGCUCAUUGGACGCACAUUUAUGUGUCUUUAUGUAGACUUUUCAUUAAAAGUGGUCAAGCUACGUUCAAACCGUUCAAGUGAACACAUGGGUUGUAAAAAAAAGUCUUCAUGUUGUGUGUCCAUCCUUUAUAUGACCCUCUCCUCCGACUUUGUAGUUUAACAACCUCCAUUUUACUCAGACAGACAGGAACUUGUAACAACUUACAAUUCUGGGGGGCGGCAGGUCAGGAAGGCUCUUCUGCGGGACGGGAACAUGUUUCGCUGCUUUUCCAUUGACCUCCAGUUUUGAUAAUUCAUCUGUAUCAUGAAACCAAAGAACAGAAAAUCUGAAACCUUGAAUUCAAGGAGGGAAAAAUGUUUUUUUUUUUUAAUCAAGCAUCAGCUACUAAACAAAAAAUCUACAGAAGUUACUAAAAAAAAUAUGUGGGGAAAAAAGUUGCAUGAAAGCUUGUUUUCACUGAACCAUAGAGUUGUUUGUAGUCAAAUUAUCAACCUCAUCUUUUAUCAGGAUCAGCUUUUAUCAUCACUUCUCUGCCAUUUCAAAAUACCUCUAUUUAGAGGAGAAAAAAUGCCAGACAACCUGGCUAAACGCCUGAAAAUAUCAAGUUUUGAUAGUUUUCUGUGGCUGGCCCACUUUGUUUUGUCUACAUAGGAACUUCUUGCACGUCUGUGGAAAAAAAAAAACGCAUCUCCUGUGAAACUGUAGCACUCUUGGAGAAACACAAAACAGACUUUAUGUAUAGGAUUGAUGUUUCCUGCAGGUCAGAGGAAAAAAGCCCUCAGUGAAAUGCAUUUGUGGGAACAGAGAGGGGCUCCCUAAACUUUAAAAGAAAGUUGAAUCAAAUGGGCACUUUUUGGAAAUGACUGGAAAAAAAAAAAAAAAA